CCGCAUCGUAUCGUAUUGUCGUGCCUAUCCCCUCUCGUCCCACCGCAACCCCACCUCCUGCCUCGUCCCCGCAAGCCCAGCGGCGGCGCAGCGCCUCCCCAACCCUCCCCUGAACCCUACCCACCUCUCUCGCCCCCCCCCCCCCCCCACCCCACACAUGGCCCUCUCCCGCCGCCUCCUCCCCCUCUUCCUCCGCCGCGGCGUUGCCCGCGCCCCCGCCCGCGCGCUCUCCACGGCCGCGGCCCCUGCCGAGUUGCUGGAGGAGGAGUCCAUCACGGUCAAGGGCGUGCGCAUCUCGGGGCGGCCGCUGUACAUGGACAUGCAGGCGACGACGCCCGUGGACCCGCGCGUCCUCGACGCCAUGCUCCCCUUCUACCUUUCCCGCUACGGGAACCCGCACUCCCGCACCCACCUCUACGGCUGGGAGUCCGACGCCGCCGUGGAGUCCGCCCGCGCCCACGUUGCCGCCCUCGUCGGCGCCGACCCGCGCGAGAUCUUCUUCACCUCUGGCGCCACCGAGUGCAACAACAUCGCCGUCAAGGGCGUCAUGCGCUUCUACCGCGACCGCCGCCGCCACGUCAUCACCACGCAGACCGAGCACAAGUGCGUGCUCGACUCCUGCAGGUACCUCCAGCAGGAGGGGUUCGAGGUCACCUACCUCCCCGUCCGCGCCGACGGGCUCGUCGACCUCGCGCAGCUCGAGGACGCCAUCCGACCCGACACCGGGCUCGUCUCCGUCAUGGCCGUCAACAACGAGAUCGGCGUCGUGCAGCCGCUCGAGGAGAUUGGGCGCAUUUGCAAAGAGAAGGGCGUGCCGUUCCACACUGAUGCCGCGCAGGCGCUUGGGAAGAUCCCGAUUGAUGUCAACAGGAUGGGGAUUGGGCUCAUGUCGCUGUCAGCGCACAAGAUUUACGGGCCCAAGGGUGUGGGGGCGCUCUACCUUCGCCGCCGCCCCCGCAUCCGGGUGGAGCCGCAGAUGAGUGGUGGCGGGCAGGAGCGUGGCAUCCGCAGUGGGACGGUGCCCACGCCGCUUGUUGUUGGAUUUGGUGCCGCAUGUGAGAUUGCAGCUCAAGAGAUGGACUAUGAUCACAGGCGUGCCACUGCUCUGCAGCAGCGUCUUCUCGAUGGCAUCCGUGCACAGGUCGAUGAUGUUGUCAUCAAUGGAAGCAUGGAGCACCGUUACCCAGGGAACCUGAACUUGUCAUUUGCAUAUGUCGAGGGGGAGAGCUUGCUGAUGGGGCUGAAGGAGGUGGCUGUGUCGAGUGGUAGUGCCUGCACCAGUGCCAGCUUGGAACCCUCAUAUGUGCUGCGGGCUCUGGGGGUGGAGGAGGACAUGGCACACACCUCUAUUCGCUUUGGCAUUGGACGCUUCACCACCGAGGAAGAGGUAGACAGAGCAACUGAGCUCACUACGCAUCAGGUGAAGAAGCUCCGUGACAUGAGCCCACUCUAUGAGAUGGCCAAGGCUGGCAUUGACCUCAAGAGCAUCGAGUGGUCACAGCACUGAGGCAGCUUUCAUGACAAUCAGUCACUCAAAGUGCUUUAGAUAUACACGGAUCACAUACAUAGGCUUUGUCUGGUACUGGUGAAGACAUUCCUCUGCGUGGAAUCAACAUAAUCUAUUGCGACUAUCAGUUUGUUUUAUACAAAGAAUGCUCCAUUCAGCUCUCAGACGAGGGCUGAAAUGUGUUCCGGAGGGUUUGCUAUGUUUUUUUAAGAUGGAUAUCUGGACCUUCACACAUUCUCGCUGCACCAUUUCCUUGUCACACAUUCUCGUCGUCAGGUCAUCCCAUACCAAGAUUUGGUGGCUGGACAGAUUAUCCACCACGUUUCUUACGAAGAGGUGUUGGACGCGACGGACAAUUUUUUGGAGAGGUUGCUCGGUGACCGAGGUGUUAGUAUGGUGUUAGACAAUUUUUUAGGCAUCCUGAAGCUGUAAAAAAAUGAAACUAGAGCCAGACAGACAGUUCCGAGUUUGUACAGUGGGAGUCUUGAAAUCAUGAGGCAUAGAAACCUUGUGCAGCU